UUUUUUUUCUCUCUCUCCUUCUUUUUUUCUCUUAAAUAAUAACACAGACCUCUUGGGGCAUGUCAUCAAGUAGAUCAAUAGACCGUCUGCUUCAAAGUUUGUUGUUUUUAUCUACGUCUUUAUCAGAAAGAAAAUCAUCUCUUUGCUCUUCUUGUUCAAGACUACGACAAAAACAAAGAUUCUCUUGGUCAACAACCAACAAUCGAUUGAUCUGGUCAAGAUUAUCAACAACUGGAUCCUUUUAUCAUACUCAAACAUUUACACCAUGUUACUCUUCUAAUUUCCCCAUGUAUUCAUUAUUACUGGGGAAACAAUACAUGAUGCGUGCUUAUAGUACUACCAAUACCAACGUCAACAACAAUGGCAACGUUGAUACAACGCUUCCUUCGCACUAUUUAUCGAAACAACGAGAUGCCACAACCUCUAUUGCCAUCAUUCAGUAUGCAAAGAAAGGACGAGCUGAUAUGUGUUUACAAUAUUACCUACGACUUCUCGAAACACAAGGAACAUUACCAAGUCAUGAAGCUCUCCAUCAACUUGCACGGGUCCUUUAUAUCAAGCAACAUGUGCGUGGUUUAUACGUCCUUCAUGAUACCCUUUUUGUCUAUCACAAGCUCCAUCCACCGUCUGGUCGACAAUCUCGUAAUUUGAUAUACAUUUACACCAUGUUGAUUAAUCUUCUUUCACAACGACUUCCUGUCAAGUCGUCUAUUCAUCCAAACAAUGGCAACAAGACCGGCAAAAAAAUACAAAAACAAACCAAACAGCUAGCAGAAACAACAAAGACAGUGAUUCAAUUGUGUCAGGAAAUGCAUCAGCUUGGAUUGACGGGAACACGGCCUUUUUACAACAGUCUUGUGGCAUUUUGCGUCAAGAAGAACGACAUGGAAUUGGCAUGGUCGCUCUGUCAGGAACUAACAACACUACAUAGCCCGACCGCUUACACCUACAGCAUUUUGCUACAUAUGACUCGAAAACAAAAGGAUUACGAUCAGAUGAUGACUUUAUUGGAUGAAAUGGAAAAAGAUGGCAUUGUCCCUGAUCAUGCCAUGGUGAGUACCGUAUUACUUGCCCUCUGCGAUCAACGACAAUACAAGAGUGCUGUGAACCUUAUGAAUCGAUUGGCUUAUCAUACUCCUGAUCUAGUGGGGCCCAAAUAUAAAAAUGUCUUGUUGCAAACUCUUUAUCGCCAUCAUCGACUCACCUAUCCAGUGCUUCCAUCAACUACAAAGAAGAACAAGAAACGACAACGACGGCAUUCAAGGAAGAAAUAUCAUCAUAUACCAUCAAACGUAGCAACUUUAUCAUCCACAUCAUCAUCAUCAUCAUCAAUAUCAGCAUCAACGCCAUCAUCGUGAAAUAUGUGUCGAGGAAUGACUCUUUAUGGAAUCCGUCCUGUAUGAUUGAUGGUUACAAAUCAUCCAUAGAAUUAGUUAGAAUACCAUACAUUUGUCAUGUAGUUUUUUUUUUUUUUGACCCGUUGUAUCAUAUGAUCAUUCAAUAAAUAAAAACCCCUAUCUUCGGAAUUUUGUCUUUUAUUUAUCCGUUUUGAAAAGUCAUGCAUCAC